UAAAUAGGCCUAGUGGCUACAGGUAUAAAAGCGGGGGCCCCCACAGGCUCUGAGCACCCCCAGCCCGACCUGCCUCCUCAGAACCCUCGAGGGAAGCCAGGCGGAGGGCCAGGAUGGAUGAGGACUUCUCCUCUCAGAUGAAGAAGAUGGCCUUGGCUAUGGGCACGUCCCUGUCGGACAAGGACAUAGAGCUGCUGCCCACGGACAUGAGGCAUCACGGCUCCUUCAACUACCUCAAGUUCCUGGAGUACAUGCAGAAGUUCCAGGCCUCAGGGCAGCUGGACAGCGCCAUCCACCAGGCCUUCCAGACCCUGGACAAGGACAAGAGUGGCUUCAUCGAGUGGAACGAGAUCAAGUACAUCCUCUCCACCAUUCCCAGCAGCGGGCCCACCGCCCCGCUGACAGAUGAGGAGGCUGAGGCCAUGAUCCAGGCGGCCGACACAGACGGGGAUGGGAGGAUUGACUUCGAAGAAUUUUCUGAAUUGAUCAAAAAGGAGAAAGUUCCAAAGAAGAAGUAG